CACCUCUCACUGGUCUGAUUUAGCUCCUUGGGACAGCAGAAAUAAUAUCUUUUCUUGCUCAGCUAGAUUUUGGGUAUUUUGGCAAAUUUAUCCCACAUCAGCAGGCACUAGAGACAGCUCAAUGAGGUAGCAGAAAAGGGGGGGUAAAUAGGGACAAUCUCCUUCACAGAGCCACACCUCUCUGGAGCCCCACACUGCUAAUUCAGGGCAGAGCCUACAAAGUGAGAACAGGUGGGUGGGAAAAGCUCUCAGGGAGAAAAGCAGAAGCAGCUGCCUCAGCUUCUGCCUGAUCCUUUAAAGGUGGUGGUCAGUGUUUUCAGCCCUUUGGCAGGAGGGAAUGCACUCAGCAGCCAGCUGGAGGUAUUCCCAGGCCUUCCCACUGGACGCUGUCAACAGAGCAGCAGACUUCAUGGCAAAGCUGAGGCUGAUCUACCCCCACGCAGACACCCUCUGUGAGAAGGACUUUGAGUGGCUCUUUGACUGUCCUGAGGCAAAGCAGUUCCUCGAGUGGUUCUGCAGCACGGUGGGUGAGGAGAACGUGCUGAGCCCAGCUGAAGUGGAGGCCUACGAGGCCCUGCUGGCUGCAGGCAAACCCAUCCUGGAAGGUGAUGCCUCGGAGGAGGCCCUGCAGAAGUGCUGCCCGGUCCUGCAGCUCCCGAGCUCGAUAGUGGAUGAGGGGCCCUCUGAAGAGGCCCUGCAUCAGCAGCUCCAGGAGCUGAAGCACCAUCGUGACCUCCAGCUCUGGAGGUACAGGAAGCUGUUGGCUUGGACAAACAAGCUGCAGCAGGAGCAGAAGUAUUUGGAGGAGGAGGAGAAAGUGGUGAAGCAGGAGUUGAAGGUGGCUCAUACGGACUUGAAAGCAAAGAUACUCAAAACCACAGCUGUCUUGAGCCAGGUCAGCAAGGCUGCAAAGGAGGUGUCAGAGUGUCCUGAGAACAUGGGGAUGGGCCAGCUGCCAACACUGCUGUGCCAGAUGGAUCUUGCUCCUUAUCUGAAGCAACAACAACAGAUCACUGAUGCAUGUGAGAGCUUCAUCCACCACGUCCUACCAGAGAGUGGUCAGGCUCCAGAUGUUUGGGAAGCAAGUGCAGAGGGAGAGAGCACCCUGAAGGAAGGGCUGGAGGCUGAGACACAAAUGGACUCGUACUGUGAAAUACCAGAAGAAAGAAGAGGAGCUCCUUAUCAAGAAUGCACAAAAACACUGCGGGGAGUGGCACCACCAAUCCAGGGAAAAUUGGUCCAAGGCUCAAAGGCAGAGCUCCUAGUGGAGGGAGGGAAUGAGAAAGACAUGUUGAGCAUGGAGAGUGAGGAGAGAGAUGGCAGCCAGAAAGUCACAGAGAGAAGGGACACCAAGAAAACAACAAUGCCAAAAAGUCUUGGGACUGAUGAAGAUGAGCUGCUGGAGGACCAAGACAGCUUCUGGAAGGAGCUGGGCCAAAUAGAGACAGCACAUAUCUGUGCCCAGAGGGAGGUUAUAGUCACAGCAGCAAAAGUGGAAGGUGCCCGUGCUGCGCUGGAGUGCGCCCAGAGGACUCUGGAAGCUCUUGAGGAUAAGCAGAUAGGCCAGUGCCCCCAUUCCUCCACCAUCCUAUGUGGUCCUGCUGACCACAGGAGCACAGCUGACAAGCUGGGAGGGGGUGGCAGAGCCAGGCAGCGCCGUGUCACCAGGCUGUCUGUGUCCCCUGCACAGCAGGCCGUGGAGGCCAAGCUCCAGAGCCAGGAUGCCGUGCUGCAGAGGGAGGUUCACGCCCUGCAGUCUGACAUCAGCCACGCUCUGACACACCAGCUGCUGCCCCUGCUGCAGGCAGAGGCCCGCUGCCUCUGCCUGCCCAUCCUGCACAAGCUCUUCAGCCUGGAAGUCGCCCGGCUCCAGAACACUGCCAGGAGGCAGGAGCAGGUGGCUGCAUGUCUCUUGAGCCAGCAAAGGCACCUGGACCUGCUGGAGCUCCAGCUAAAAUGGGAGAGAAAGGAGCUGGAACAGAAGGUUGCUUGGCUGGAGAAGAUCAAAACAGUCACGAGGGAAUCCCAGACCAGGCUGCAGAAGCAGCAGAUCCACUUCAGAGGUGCCAGGCCCUCCCAGAAGGUUCAUCCACACAAAUGGAUAGAACCCAAAGACGUCACUGCUGUACGGUUCUGGGACAUGCUGAUGGGGAAAGAUCAGAAGAAGCAGCCCUUCCGCAGCUAUGCAGCCUUGGCAUCCAAGUGGUCCCAGCUGGUUCAGGACAAGAGGGCACUGGAAGCCCAGCUGGAAGCUCCUAUGCCCCAGGUGUCUGGCCUGGAGUCCUCCAUGGAAGUGCUCUAUCACCAGGUGUACAGCAGCUCCAACCAGCUGCAGCUCUCCUUGCCGGAGCUCUCUGAGCUGAUGAACCAAUUGUCUGUCAUGGAGGAUGACCUCUACCAGAAGCUGGCAGACCUCCUGAGUGACCUGGAGGUGAAGCGCAGGUCUCUGGAGAGCCCCGGCCUGCAGGCAGAGCGCAGCCUUUACGUGAAUUUUUACUGCCAUGAGGCCCGGCUGAGGGAGGAGGUGGAGGGGCUGGAGAAGCAGGCAGCAGCUUCCUCCAAGGGACCCCAGAGGGAGCUGCCCUAUGGAAAGGAGUAGGUCAAAAGGAUCCUUGCUCCCUGCCACAGUAGUGGUGUCCUCUUUUGGUUGGGCUGGGUCCUUAAUGCUGGACUCGGAGCACAUCCUGGUGGUCUCUGCUCUGGUGACAUGUUACUUGGGUCAUGACCUGGCAGCUGGAUUUAAAAGAAACUAGGGACUUAAUCCUUAAAUACAGAGUUUCUGGAGGCCGGUUUAGAUGAUGUGUAAGAAAUUUAUGCACCUUGUGGCAUUGGAAGCCUUGCACAGACAAGACACUUCUUGUGGCAGCUCUACAAGAGGAUGGGUGCUGGGGGCAAGUGGACCAACACUGUCUGUGUCUUUCCCCACUUUCUGAGGAAAGGGGUUUGGUGUGUUUUUGGGAGAAUAAAAAGGUCUGUUACUCACAACUGCA